UGGGAGUGGAACUCAUUAAGUACAAAAUGAACACAUGACAGCUACACAUGACAGUUCUCGUUCAAAAACGACAAAAAGGCCUGACAGUAUUUAACAUGUAUAUGGAAUAAGAACAAAGAGUCGAGGAUGUAAAACAGAAAAAAGACAGAAAUGGAAGGUAUUGAAUGGAAUCGACAAAACCUAGCUUAUCAGAGCCUGACAGAGGUGCCCCCAGAGUUGAUAGAGCGAGAUGGAUUCAAAACUGCUGAGCUGGACUUAACACACAAUAAAAUAUCAGAUCUGAGAUUCCUCGUAGAUUAUCCCCACUUAACUACACUGAUUCUGGAUCACAAUCUCGUCGGAUCGCACGUCAAAAUGCCAUCCAUGAACAAACUCCACACUCUUUGGCUCAACCACAACAAAAUCACGAACCUCAGCACAUUUGUAGCCACACUCGUUAAGAGCUGUCCAAACCUCCGACAUCUGUCCAUGAUGAAUAACGAAGCAGCUCCCAGUUUCUUCAACGGCGGCACAUUUCAGCAAUACAUGGACUACAGAUACUUUGUCAUCAGUCGCCUACAAAAGUUGGAUGCCCUGGACGAUAAAAUCAUUCAAGAAAAUGAAAGGGCAGAGGCUGAAAGGAUUUACGGUAGAUCUAAACCAAGAAAGAAGAAGAAAAAAGUGGAACAAGAUAACAAUAAUACAUAACUCUACCAUUUUAUAUGUAUAUCAAUAUUGAAAUCCAUCAUGUAUAAUUUGCUGUCUUUGAAAUCUAAGGGCUCUUGAUGGACAAAUUUUCUCUUCAUCCUUAUCACUAUGUCAUGACAGAACUGAAUACCUGCCACUGAUAUUAUGAGUCUGGCAGUACAUGUAUAUAUACCAACAGCUGAUAUCUCUGAUUUAGACAAAAGGAAUUGUUAAAGAUUGUUCCAAUUGUUCCAAAAUUAUGUGUGGGAGGGGUUGGAGGCAUUGUUUUAGAGACCCCAGCACGGAUCAAAUAUUAAAGUAUUAGUACAUGCAUGUAUAAGGAAUUUUAGAAGAAAAAAAAGGGGGCUUUAUCCCAACUAUCCCAUCAAAUUUUAAUUUUAAUACAACUUCCAAUCACUCAAUCUUCCCAUUACCCAGAUAACAUGGAAUAAAAUACUCUCGAUAGAUGGAAGGGUCUUUACCAAAUUUAUUAAUUUCAUGACUCUUGGGUCUCAUGUUUACCCCUGGGGAGGGGUUAAAAUUUACCAUAGUUCAUUUAGGGAAAUCACAUUUUUUAGCAUCAUUUAUUGAUUUAGCAUUGGAAAUAAUAUUACAAACUUGAUUAGAAUUGGUAUGCACAUAUUGGCCCUGACAGACCCAAGUGGCUGUUGGGCGGGGUCAAAAUACAUUAGAACUCAAGUGACCUAUAAGGCCAAUGGGCCUCUUGUUAUGAUAGUGCCUUUUAUGGUUUAUUUUGUUUCUCUUUGUAAGGAGUCAACAUUUGUAAAGAAAAUUUUGUUGAAAUGAUAAAAAAAAUUCUGUAAACUUGUCAGCUGAUUUUAUCAUGUCAAUGUUUAGAGAUCGAUGAAUGACAAAAUUAGACAUUAUUAGUGUCGGGAACAUGCAAUAUUACAUAGUACUCGUUUAGGGAUGGAAGAGGAGUGAAAGUGAUAUGCCAUAUGUCUGAUUUAGCUUACACUCUUAUGUAUUUUGUGUAUUCAGAAAGUUCUUAGUUAAUUUCUUUUUUCGGCAUAGCCGUCUAAUUUGGUUUUGGCCCCGGAUAUGACGCGACAGGUGGCGUUCUGGUCAAGAUGAAGUAUGUGAUUGGUCAAUGUAGCGGU